AAAAUUCAAAAUUAUAAAUCAAGAAUUAAAUAAUCUCAAGCAUGAAUAUGAAUGUAAAAUUAAACAGCUACAAGAUACAUUGUAUUCUGAACGAAAGAAAUUCGCUUAUUAUCAAGAACAAACCAAUGCAUCGGCUAAACUUACACAAGAACUUAUUGAUUUAGGCAAUGAAUGUAAAGGUGAAAGACACCAUGAAAUUAUUGAUAAACAAAAAGAAGCAAUAAGUCAUUUGAGACAACGAUUACGUGAUCAGUGUAUGAAUAGUUCACCGAAAG